AUGGGCUGCGCUCCCAGCAUCCACGUCUCCCAGAGCGGCGUGAUCUACUGCCGAGACUCGGACGAGUCCAACUCUCCGCACCAGACCACCACUAUAUCCCAGGGCACCGCGGCCACCCUCCAUGGGCUGUUCAUUAAGACGGACGCGGCCGACACCAUCCCCUCGGUAAUCACUUACCAGACCAGGCAGUCCCGGAACAAAUCUCACGGAGAGAGGAGAGAGAACAGCGGGGGACACAUCUGCAUCGAGGCCGAGACACAGACCAGUCACACCAGUGUCAAGGUAUCAGCCACAGAAGAGUGUAUAGGACCUAUGAGACUGACCCAAGAACCUAUUCAGGUCCUGCUGGUGUUUGCGAAGGAGGAUGGUCAGAGCGAUGCCUUCUGGUGGGCGUGUGACCGGGCGGGUUUCAGGUGUAACAUUGCCCGAACGCCCGAGUCCGCCGUCGAAUGUUUCCUGGACAAGAGCCACGAGAUCGUGGUCAUUGAUGGACGCCACUCACAAUACUUCGAGGCAGAGGCUAUCUGCCGGUUGAUCCGUGCCACAAAGCCCUCAGAACACACAGUCAUUCUGGCCAUUGUGCCACAGACGCCUUUAGAUCAGGAGGAGCCGUCUGUUCGUCCUCUCAUCUGCGCUGGAUUCAGCAGAAGGUAUGUGGAGAACAUUAGUGUCUCUGCCUGCUAUAACGAAUUGCUCCAGAUAGAACAUGGAGAGGUGCGCUGCCAGUUCAAACUCAGGGCGUGUAACUCAGUCUUCACUGCUCUGGACCACUGUCAGGAGGCUGUGGAGAUCACCAGUGAAGACCAUGUGAUACAGUACGUGAACCCAGCAUUUGAGCACAUGAUGGGAUACCAUAAAGGAGAGUUAAUAGGGAAAGAGCUGACAGAACUCCCCAAGAGUGACAAGAACCGAGCAGAUCUUCUAGACACCAUCAACACCUGCAUCAAGAAAGGAAAGGAGUGGCAGGGGAUCUACUACGCCAGGAGGAAGUCCGGUGACAGCAUACAGCAGCACGUCAAGAUUACGCCUGUGAUUGGCCAGGGAGGUAAAAUCCGCCAUUUUGUCUCCAUCAAGAGGCCCCACAGUGACAACAACAAACAGGUCCAUAAGAUCAACAGAGAUGGAGACCAUUCCCAGUCAGAAAGCCAUUCCCUGCGUCACAGAGACAGGAGGAAAGAGUCUGUUGAUGCCAGGUCAAUCAGCUCACGUGGCAGUGAUGCUCCCAGUCUGCAGAACCGGAGGUACUCCUCUGUAGCCAGGAUCCACUCUAUGACCAUAGAGGCCCCCAUCACCAAGGUGAUCAACAUCAUCAACGCGGCCCAGGAGUCCAGUCCGGUUUCGGUAGCAGAGGCACUGGACCGGGUCCUGGAGAUCCUGAGGACCACAGAGCUCUACUCUCCUCAGCUGGCCUCCAAAGAAGACGACCCACACACCAACGACCUCGUCGGGGGGCUCAUGAGUGAUGGCUUACGGAGACUGUCUGGGAACGAGUAUGUCUUCUCCAAAAGUACCUUUCCAAAUAUGAGUCAGCUGGUCAUCCCAGUAACGCUGAAUGACAUCCCUCCGGCCAUCGCUGAGAUGCUGGACGACGAGGACCAAUGGGACUUUAACAUCCUAGAGCUGGAGGCUGCCACCUGUAAGAGACCUCUGACCUACCUGGGCUUGAAGAUCUUUGCACGCUUCAGUGUGUGUGAGUUCCUGAGCUGCAGUGAGGCUACGCUACGCUGCUGGCUGCAGGUCAUAGAGGCUAACUACCACGCCUCCAACUCCUACCACAACUCCACCCACGCCGCUGACGUCCUACACGCUACUGCCUACUUCCUACGCAAGGAGAAGGUCAAGGGCAGUCUGGACCAGCUGGACGAAGUGGCUGCACUGAUCGCGGCGACGGUCCAUGAUGUGGACCACCCAGGGAGGACCAACAGCUUCCUGUGUAAUGCAGGAAGUGAGCUGGCCAUCCUGUAUAACGACACUGCAGUGUUGGAGAGUCACCAUGCCGCCCUCGCAUUCCAACUCACCGUCAGGGAUAUCAAGAGCAACAUCUUCAAAAACAUCGACAGGACUCAGUUCAGGACGUUGAGGCAGGCAAUCAUAGACAUGGUGCUGGCUACAGAGAUGACCCGUCAUUUUGAACACGUCAACAAGUUUGCCAACAGCAUCAACAAACCAAUGGCUGCCAUCGAGGAUGAAGGCAGUGACAGCGAGGGUCCAGCCAGCAUCAGGAACAGCCCAGAGAACCGGCUGCUGAUCAAGAGGAUGAUGAUAAAGUGUGCUGAUGUGGCCAACCCCUGUAGACCUCUGGAGCUCUGCAUAGAAUGGGCCGGACGCAUCUCUGAGGAGUACUUUUCCCAGACUGAUGAGGAGAAGAGAGAGGCUCUACCGGUGGUCAUGCCUGUAUUUGACAGGAACACCUGCAGUAUCCCCAAGUCUCAGAUCUCCUUCAUAGAUUACUUCAUCACAGACAUGUUUGACGCCUGGGAUGCCUUCGCCAGUCUACCUGGCCUCAUGGAGCAUCUGUCAGAGAACUACAAGUACUGGAAGGGUCUGGACGACAUGAAGUGCAAGAGCCUGCGUCCGCCUUCUCCUCCGGGUAAGGACCAACCAAUCAGUCCCAGCCUGAGGGGUGAGGACCAACCAAUCGGUCCCAGCCUGAGGGAUGAGGACCAACCAAUCGGUCCCAGCCUGAGGGAUGAGGACCAACCAAUCAGUCCCAGCCUGAGGGGUGAGGACCAACCAAUCAGUCCCAGCCUGAGAGGUGAGGACCAACCAAUCAGUCCCAGCCUGAGAGGUGAGGACCAACCAAUCAGUCCAAGCCUGAGGGGUGACACCAACCAAUCAGUCCCAGCCUGA